UUUGUGGGAGCGAUGGAAUCCUCUGUGAACCAAAGAUGGAUCAUCCACUACACCUUCCUCUACUUCACCUUCAUCUCUGCAACUCUCUAUCUCCUCCAAACCCUAAUCUCCCCUCAACUCAUCUUAGGCCAUCAACCCAUCACUCUCAAGACAAAUCCUCCUCUCCCUCUCCGCUUCUCCUCCCUUGGCGCCUUCAAAAUCCUCCAGGUGGCCGAUAUGCAUUUCGGAAACGGAGCGGUGACUCGGUGCAGAGACGUGUUGCCGUCGGAGUUCGAUGCCUGCUCCGAUCUCAACACCACUCGGUUCCUCCGCCGGUUGAUUGACGCGGAAAGGCCUGAUUUUGUUGCCUUUACAGGAGACAACAUAUUUGGGACAAGCGCUGCUGACGCUGCUGAGUCUCUGUUUAAAGCUUUUAGCCCUGUCAUGGAGUCUAGACUUCCUUGGGCUGCAGUUUUGGGAAACCAUGACCAGAAAUCAACCAUGACUCGUGAAGAAUUGAUGACAUUCAUCUCCCUUAUGGACUAUUCACUCUCACAAAUCAAUCCUCCUGAAGAUCCCUCCGAUCCUGCCAUUGGACGCCUUUUAGGAGAUAUAGACGGGUUUGGGAAUUAUAAUCUCAGUGUCAAUGGUGCUGCAGGUUCCCAUCUGGCCAACAGCAGUGUCCUCAAUCUCUUCUUUCUGGAUAGUGGAGACAGAGCUACCGUUGGGGAACUUCAAACUUAUGGAUGGAUUAAGGAAUCACAACUUCGCUGGCUUCAUGGCCUUUCUCAAGGAUUUCUUUCGCCUCCAACCGAAACCCCGGCCCUGGCUUUCUUCCACAUCCCAGUCCCGGAAGUCCGGCAGUUGUACUUGAAAGAGAUUGUGGGUCAGUUUCAGCAGCCUGUAUCGUGUUCAAUGGUUAACUCUGGAGUCUUACAGAGCUUGGUCUCCAUGGGAGAUGUAAAGGCUGUGUUUGUAGGCCAUGAUCACACGAAUGACUUCUGUGGGAACUUGGAUGGCAUAUGGUUUUGUCAUGGCGGAGGGUGUGGGUACCAUGGAUAUGGUAGGGCAGGGUGGCCAAGGAGAGCCAGGAUCAUAGUGGCUGAGCUUGGGAAAGGGGAAAGGGCUUGGAUGGGCGUGGAGAGGAUCAGGACAUGGAAGCGACUGGACGAUGAGAAGCUGAGCAAGAUCGAUGAGCAAGUCUUAUGGGACCUCCACCGCCCUCAGUAAUCUGCAGGUAUUGAAGCUCAGUACUUCACCCAGAACCCAGCAAUGUCUGUAUUCUGUAUAUAUUCACUGUGUAAUCAUAAAUUCAUGAUUAUUAGAAACCCCAGUGUAUGUCUUUUCACUUUUUUUUAAUCCAAGGAUACGAAAAUGGAUCUUACAAAAAGAAUUCAAUGGUUUAUAGGGCAAAGUACUCAUAA